AUGGAAAAUUAUAAUGGAACAACUGAUUUCAUAUUAUUAGGACUGUUUCCAUCAUCAAAAAUUGGUCUAUUGCUCUUUGUGAUCAUCAUUCUCAUUUUCCUGAUAGCUCUAUUUGGCAACCUGUCCAUGAUCCUCCUAAUCUUCCUGGACACCCAUCUCCACAUACCCAUGUAUAUCCUACUUAGUCAGCUCUCCUUGAUGGACCUAAGUUACAUCUCCACUAUUGUCCCCAAAAUGGCUUACAACUUCCUGAGUGGAGACAAGUCAAUCUCCUUCAUUGAAUGCGGAGUCCAAAGUUUCUUCUUUUUGACUUUAGCAGGUGCAGAAGGUCUUCUCCUUACAUCUAUGGCCUAUGAUCGCUAUAUAGCCAUUUGUUUUCCUCUUCAUUAUCCUAUCCGUAUGAGUAAAAAAGUGUGUCUGCUCCUAAUAACAGGAUCUUGGAUAAUGGGAGCAAUCAAUUCUUGUGCCCAUACUACAUAUGCACUCCAUAUCCCCUAUUGCAAAUCCAGAGCCAUUGAUCAUUUCUUCUGUGAUGUUCCAGCCAUGCUGACUCUGGCUUGCAUGGAUACGUGGGUCUAUGAGUACACAGUGUUUGUGAGCACUUCCUUUUUCCUCCUGCUUCCUUUCAUUGGCAUUACUUGUUCCUAUGGCCGGGUUCUCCUUGCUGUCUACCGCAUGCCCUCAGCAGAAGGGAGGAGAAAGGCCUAUUCCACCUGUAGUACUCACCUCACUGUGGUCACUUUCUACUAUGCACCAUUUGUUUACACUUAUCUUCGUCCAAAAUCUUUUCGAUCUCCAUCAGAAGACAAGGUUUUGGCCAUUUUCUAUACUGUCCUCACUCCCAUGCUGAAUCCUAUAAUCUAUAGCCUCAGAAACAGGGAAGUGAUGGGGGCUUUGAGAAGACUAAUUCAGAGAAUUUACUCUGUGAAAGUUUAA